AUGCUCCAGUCAAUAAAUGAUGCUCUCAAGUCUGGUAAGCUGCACGACAUCCUGCUUCGCAGAAGCGAGCUCCGUUACCUCAACAACAUAGACUGUGACCUUCUUGAGGACGUCAUCCAGCUCCUGAAACCUUUUGAUGAGGCUACCAGGCACCUCUCCAUCCAUCAGGCACCUACUCUUCACCUCGUCCUCCCAACCAAGGCAACCCUGCUGCAGGACACAAACAGAAACAGCAAAAGGUGCCAUCCUUACACUCCUAGCCUGAGGAGUUUCUUGAGGAAAACGCUCUCCGGUCAGGAGUAUGAGGAGGUCAUCAACACCCUGGCAGCACUCACAGAAACAGCAGGGACAGAGGAGAGAGCGAGAAGCCUUGAGAAGAAACAGGGUCCACCCCGAGAGGCAGUUCCCAGUCCCACAGAGGUGCACGACUUCUUUUCCUUUUGUGUUGAAAAGCAGCAACAGGAGGGGGACAGUGGUGGUAUUUCAGAGUCAUGGGGCCGCCAGUUCGUGGUAGAGUACAUGAGUGACUCUAAGUUGACAGGCUUCCAGUCUCUGCUCAACUUCUGGCAUGAGAGGUCUGAUGGGCUAGUGCCAGUUGCCAGGAGGCUGCUAGCAAUCCCAGCAACAAGCACUCCUUCUGAGCGUAGUUUCAGUGUUGCUGGGAGACUGAUUGAGGAGAGGCGUUCCACCCUCAAUCCAGAAAAUGUAGAUGAACUUUUGUUCCUACAUAGCAACUUAUAACGGCAACUAUUCAUAUGUGCUGAAGAGUGGGAAAGUAGACUGAUAUGCACGGUGGCUGACAGACACACAGCAAACAGUUAAAACGUGCUGCAAACACAGGAAUGAAUCAAAUUCCAAAACAAAAAAACAAAUGCAACAGAAA